AUGAAGCUUUUCGCUGCAAUCUUGAUUGUGGCCAACCUAGCUGCGUCGAGCCUGGCCAAUCCGGCCCCGGACUGUCCACCAGGCGGCCACGUCAGCGGAUACGCCUAUCCUGCCCCGACCGUCCAGCUGUCGGUCGGCAAAGCCGUCAACUCGGUCAGCGUGACCCCGGGCUUCUCGUCCUACUCGGUCGACGGUGAGGUUAAGUAUGCGUCGGUCGGUCCGUCCUACAGCUCGUACGAGGCAUCCCCGGCCUACAGCGCCUACGGCUCGUCUGGUGAGGAUCUGAAGCUGACCAGCUACGAAGCCGGCGUGAAGACGGUGGCCGCUGCCCCAGCCGUCACCUACGCCAAUACGGCGGGUGUCGUGUACGCCGACAAGUCGCCGGCGGCCACCUUCGCCUCGGUGGUGCCAUCCGUUGCCUACACCAAGACCGUCUCCAGCGGUCCGGCCUACGUCUCGGCGCCCGCCCCAGUCGUCAGCAAGGUCUACAGCAGUGGUCCGGCCUACGUCUCCAAGGAGUACCUGCCACCGACCGUCACCAAGACCGUUGUGUCCUCUGCUCCAGCUGUCGCUUCUUACGUGUCCGCUCCGGCCGUUAGCAAGUACGUAACCGGCCCAGCCGUGUCCUCGUACUCGACCGGUCCAGCGGUCGCGUCGUACGUCUCCUCUCCGGUUGUCAGCAAGUACGUGUCCGCACCGUCCGUCAGCUAUGCGGCCGCUCCGGUUGCCAAGGUUGCCACCACCUACGCCAGCUACGCUCCGGCCGCCAAGGUCGCUACCUAUGCCGCCGCACCGGCUGUCAGCUACGCCGCUUCCUAUGCUCCUGCCACCAAGGCUUACGCCAGUUAUGCUCCUGCCGCAACCUACUCGAGCUAUGCCCCUGCAGCGACCUACUCUAGCUAUGCCCCAGCAGCGACCUACUCCAGCUAUGCCCCUGCAGCGACCUACUCGAGCUAUGCCCCUGCAGCGACCUACUCCAGCUAUGCUCCUGCUGCCAAGGUCGCCUCCUACACUCCGGCCGUAUCCUACGGCUCGUACGCUCCUGCCGUGGCUAAGGUGGCCACCUAUGCCGCUCCAGCCGCCAGCUAUGCCAGCUCAUAUGCGACCACCUCCAAGCUGGCAUACGCCGCUCCGGCCGUCACCAAGACCGUAGUAUCCGCUGCCCCAGCUGUCGCUUCCUACUACGCUGCUCCUGCCGUCACCAAGUACUCGUCAGCACCGGCCGUAUCGACUGCUUACGUGUCCGCACCAACGGUCACCAAGUACGCCACCACUGGAGCCGCCUAUGCCACGGCCCCGGCCGUCAGCAGCUACGUUGCCCCGUACUCGGCCCAUGCCUAUACUCCAGCCGUCUCGAAGGUUGUUGCCACCCCGGCCGUGUCCUCGUACUAUGCCACCCCGGCCGUCUCCAAGGUCGUCUCCAGCCCGGCCUAUGCCUCGUACGUAUCCACCGGCCCGGCCGUUGCUAAGGUCGCCACCGUACCCGCCGUCUCGACCGCGUAUGUCUCUGCCCCCGUCACCAAGACUGCCUACUCCGGUGCAUAUCUGGCCGCUCCGGCCGUCGCUAAGGUUGCCACUGGCUACGGUCCUGCCGUAGCUUCGUACCACGCUGGUUCUGCCGUGUCCUCCUACAGCACCGGUCCGGCAUACUCGACCUACUCCGUCUCGCCUGCCGUGUCGAAGGUCGUAGCUUCCCCUGCCGUUGCCGCCUACAGCACCGGUCCGGCGUACUCGUCCUACUCGGUUGCACCGGCCGUCUCGAAGGUCUACUCCACUCCGGCCGUCGCUAGCUACAGCGCCGUCCCUGCUGUAUCUAAGGUGUACUCCACUCCGGCCGUCGCUAGCUACAGCGCCGUCCCAGCUGUCUCCAAGGUCUACUCCACCCCGGCCGUCGCUAGCUACAGCGCCGUCCCAGCUGUGUCCCAGGUGUACUCCACUCCGGCCGUCGCUAGCUACAGCGCCGUCCCGGCCGUCUCCAAGGUCUACUCCACGCCCGCCGUCGCUGCAUACAGCACCGGUGCGGCCUAUUCUGGUUACGCCGCUUCGCCAGCAGUCUCGAAGGUCUACUCAACUCCGGCCGUGACCGCAUACAGUGCCGGACCGGCCUACUCUGGCUAUGCCGUCGCACCUGCCGUCACGAAGUACGCCACCAGCUCGGGCGCCAUUGCUAGCUACGCCACAUCCGGUGCCGCGCACGGAUACUACGCCAGUGGACCGGCCGUGGCUACCGCCCACUACGGAGGUGCCUACCGUUACGCCGCUGCCGCUCCGGCCCUCGCCACCGCUUACACUGCUCCGGCCACCGUUGUCAAGACCGUUGCCCCGACCACCGUCGUCAAGACUGUCGCCGAGAAGUACCUGGAACACUACGACGAUAACUCCCGCUAUGCCUUCGAGUACGGCGUCAACGAUCCGCUGACCGGCGACAUCAAGCACCAGAAGGAGGAGCGCGACGGCGAUGUCGUGCGCGGUCAGUACUCGCUGGUGGAACCGGACGGUAACGUGCGCACCGUCGACUACUACGCCGACUGGGCCACCGGAUUCCACGCCACCGUCACCAACAGCCGGGACCAGGUGCACGCCACCAAGGUGCUGGGCAAGCGCGACACCGUCAAGGCGUAA